AUAAUCUAUUGAUCACACAAGCUUUAUAUAGUAUUUAAUUAUUUGUUACUAUUAUCACCUAUAAAUAAAGGUAUUAUUGAUCAAUCUUAAAAUUUGGGUUGCAUAUAUUGAUUAUUAUUGUAAUAAGUUUAUUGUUAUUUCUUUUGUCAAUUAUCCUAAAGUAACUAAUAGAGUGGCUCAUGAUGCACUUGUAUUGUUUUCUCUUUUGAUGAUCAUUUUAUUUGGUGGCUAAUUUUGAUUGUAUACUGAAGUUUUUUCCACUGGUUUGGUACUGAGGUUUUAAUGAGAAUUUCUCUAAAAAAAAAAAGAAAAAGAAACAAAAGAAAUAAAAAAAAAAAGAAAAGAAAAGAAAAAGUUGAUGUGUAUAGUAUGUACUAUUUGGAUUUAAGGAUUGUUAUUUCUUCUAUAUAUAUUUACUCUGAAAUGUUAAGAACAAUCCCACUUCAUCUCUCUCCACUAUAAUUUCAUUUUCUCUAUUCUGAAACUUAAGAUAAUCAUCACAUAACAAAAAUAUGAUCUCAACCAAAUCAUUAUCUGAAUCAUCUAACCUUACUUCAAUUCCACCAACUCAUAUUACAAUCCCAAAUAAUGAUCAACUAGCAGUACUGGAACACUCACAACAACUACAAAUUCCAAUUAUUGAUUUCUCUCUCUUAACCUCUAGUGAUCCAGAUCAACGGUCCAAAACCAUUGCUGAACUAGGCAAAGCAUGUCAAGAUUGGGGCUUCUUUAUGGUGAUCAAUCAUGGUGUGAGAGAGAAUUUAAUGAGUGAAGUGAUAGAAGGGUGUAGAGGUUUCUUUGAUCUGAGUGAAGAAGAGAAAGUUGAGUUUAAGGGUGAACAUGUUUUGGAUCCAAUUAGGUAUGGUACAAGCUUCAAUGCAUUGGUAGAGAAAGCUUUCUAUUGGAGGGAUUAUCUUAAGGUUCUUGUUCAAUUUCAUCAUUCUCAUCAUUUCCCUCACAAGCCAUCUGGAUUCAGUGAGAUUGCAUUAGAGUACCUGAAGAAAACAAGGGAAGUGGCUGUGAUGAUACUUGAAGGGAUAUCAAAGAGUUUAGAGUUAGAAGAGAAUUACAUAUACAAAACACUGAAUUUGGAUUCAGGUUUACAAGUAUUUGUAGCAAACCUAUACCCACCAUGUCCUCAGCCUGAGCUUACAAUGGGAAUGCCACCUCAUUCAGACCAUGGCCUCUUGACCCUUCUUAUUCAAAAUGGAAUUGGUGGACUUCAAAUUCAACAUAAGGGUAAUUGGCUCAAUGUCAAUCCCAUUCCCAAUUCCUUCUUGGUCAACACAGGAGACCACCUUGAGAUAUUGAGUAAUGGGAAGUACAAGAGUGUUGUUCAUCGAGCCAUAGUGAAUAACAAUGAGACAAGAAUUUCAGUAGGCAUAGCAAAUGGACCAGCACUUGAGGCAGUUGUGAGCCCAGCAUCAAAGCUGGUUGAAAGCCAAUCACCAGCAUUUGUUGGGAUGAAAUAUAAGGAUUAUAUGCAACUUCAACAGAGUAACAACCUUUGUGUGAAGUCAAUCAUGGAUAGUCUUCGAAUAUAAAACUCCCUUCUAAAAUAAAUAAUUAAAUAAUAGACAUAUUCUAUUACUAUAAUAAAGGAUGCUUUCUGCAUAAACUCCAAUAAAAUGACUAUGUCAAUGAUUAUUAAUUUUAGUCUUUGAUCCGAAACUACCUGAAAAAUUAUAUAUUGAAAAUUGUUCGAUCUUGUUCUUGUAA